GCCGGGCAGCAGAGCCGGAGCGUCCGGGCGGCGGCGGGGAGCCGUGCGGGGCCCGGGCCGGGGCCGGCAGCCACAGCGGCGGCGGCGGCGACAGCGACAGAGGCGGCGGCAGCGGCAAGGAUGGGCGAGCGCUGGAGUGCGGCGGUGCGGGUGCUGGUGCUGCAGGCGGCCUGGGCGCUGGCGGGCGGGCAGGUGCGCUACUCGGUGCCGGAGGAAGCCAAGGGCGGCACGGUGGUGGGCCGGCUGGCGCAGGACCUGGGCCUGGAGGCGGGCGAGGCGGAGGCGCGGCGGCUGCGGCUGGUGGCGCAGGGCCGGCGGGCGAGCGUGGAGGUGAGCGCGGCGAGCGGCGCGCUGCUGGUGAGCUCGCGGCUCGACCGGGAGGAGCUGUGCGGCAAGAGCGCGCCGUGCGCGCUGCGCCUGGAGGUGCUGCUGGAGCGGCCGCUGCGCGUCUUCCAUGUGCAGCUGGAGGUCACCGACAUCAACGACAAUGCCCCCGUCUUCCCCGCCGCCCGAAAAAACAUCAGCAUCGCGGAAUUCAACACUCUGCCGGGGUCUCGUUUCCCGCUGGAGGGCGCGUCGGAUGCGGAUAUCGGAGCGAACGCGCAGCUCUCCUACACACUCAGCCCCAGCGAGCAUUUCUCUCUGGAUUUGCAGCGGAGUGAGGAAUACCGAGAAUCCCUGUUUCUGGUACUCACGAAAUCUCUGGACCGCGAGACGAUUCCCGUGCACCGGUUGGUGCUGACGGCGACUGACGGGGGCCGGCCGUCUCUGACGGGCACCAUGGAGCUGCUGAUCUCCGUGGAGGACGCAAAUGACAACGCGCCCCAGUUCAACCAGUCCGUGUAUAAAGUGCAGCUACCGGAGAACGCUGCAGAGGGGACGCUGGUGACGAGGGUGAAUGCCACGGAUCCAGAUUUGGGAAGUAAUAGUGAAGUGACAUAUAGUGUGAGCAAUAUUUUUCCUGAAAAGGGGAAGAACAUUUUUCUUUUAAAUGCGAGGACGGGUGAAAUUCAUCUGGCGGGCCCCGUGGACUAUGAAGAGGUUCGUUUAUAUGAGAUACAAGUCGAAGCGAGGGAUAAGGGCACACCCUCGCUGUCGGGUCACUGCAAGGUGUUGCUGGAGGUGCUGGACGUGAACGACAACGCGCCGGAGGUGUGGGUGACGUCGCUGUCGGUGCCGGUGUCGGAGGACGCGUCGGUGGGGACGGUGGUGGCCGUGCUGAGCGUGUCGGACCGGGACUCGGGGGAGAACGGGCGCGUGCGGUGCUGGGUGUGGCCGGCGUCGCCGUUCGGUCUGGAGGCGACGUUCGCGGGCUCGUACUCGCUGGUGCUGCGCGAGGCGCUGGACCGGGAGCGGGUGUCGGAGUACGAGGUGGAGGUGCGUGCGGAGGACGGCGGGGCGCCGGCGCUGCGCGCCAGGCGCGGGCUGCGGCUGCCGGUGUCGGACGUGAACGACAACGCGCCCGCGUUCGCGCAGGCCGUGUACACGGUGCUGGCGCGGGAGAACAACGCGGCGGGCGCGGAGCUGGCGCGGCUGUGGGCGCGGGACCCGGACGAGGCGGGCAACGGCCGCGUCAGCUACUCGCUGUGGGAGGGCGGCGUGGGCGGCGGCGGGGCCGCGGGCUCGUCGUCGUCGUGGUGGUCGUCGGGCGGCGGGUGGCGGGCGGCGUCGAGCUACGUGUCGGUGGACGCGGAGAGCGGGCGCGUGUGGGCGCUGCAGCCCUUGGACUACGAGGAGCUGCAGGUGCUGCAGUUCGAGGUGCGCGCGGUGGACGCGGGGGAGCCGCCGCUGAGCGGCAACGCCACGGUGCAGCUCUUCGUGCUGGACGAGAACGACAACGCGCCGGCGCUGCUGCCGCCUGCGGGCUCGGCGCCGGAGGCGGGCGCGGCGGCGGCGGCGGCGGAGGCGGCGGCGGGGGCGCUGGGCUUGGGCUGGGAGUCGGGCACGCUGUGGGCUCGGGCGGCGUGGGGGGCGCCGGCGGGGCAGGUGGUGGCGAAGAUCCGCGCCGUGGACGCCGACUCGGGCUACAACGCGUGGCUGCGCUACGAGCUGUGGGAGCCGCGGGGCAAGGGCCCGUUCCGCGUGGGGCUCUACAGCGGCGAGGUGAGCACGGCGCGGGCGCUGGACGAGGCGGACGGGCCUCGCCACAGGCUGCUGAUCGUCGUGCGCGACCACGGCGAGCCGGCGCGCUCGGCCACGGCCACGCUCAGCGUGUCGCUGCUCGAGGCCGCCGAGGCGGCGCUGGCCGCGGCCGCGGGAUCCUCCUCGGCGGCGGCGGCGGCGGCGUCGUCGUCGUCGCGCUCGGCGGCGGGCGUGGAGCUCGGGCCCGGCGCGGCGAGCGCGGCCACCAACGUGUGGCUGGUGGUGGCCAUCUGCGCCGUGUCCAGCCUCUUCCUGCUGGCCGUGGUGCUCUACGCGGCGUCGCGCUGGGCGCCGCGGGCCGCCGUGCUCUCGGCGCCCGGGCCCACGACGCUCGUGUGCGCCAGCGAAGUGGGCAGCUGGUCGUACUCGCAGCGCCACAGCCGGAGCCUGUGCGUGGCCGACGGCGCCGCCAAGAGCGACCUCAUGGUUUUCAGCCCCAACUUCCCUCCGCCGCCGCCCGGCGCCGCGCCCAAGGACACGCAGCCGGAGCCCUCCGCUCUCCUCGACACGGUCAGUGGCAAUUCCUGCAUUCCCUUCUCUGCUCGUUUUUAGCCGUCCGCUUGAGAAGCUGCCGUUUGAAGCUGGGCUCAGUCCCCACGGGUUAGGGACCUUGGCUACUUAUGCGGUCUUUAAGGAUGACAAUGGCACGUUUGCAUCUGUCACCGCCACCUUGCUGGAGCCCGCAGCUCUUUCUGAGGGGGUCCAGAAUAUAGCUAAGGCAGCAUCCGAGAGCAGUUACUGUAGGCAGGUGAGGUUUCGUGCUCUAACUGUGAGUUCUUCUGCUCUAGAAUUAAAUUGCUUUUCCGUGCGACAAGAGGUGCCCGGCGGUGUGUGUUUUGCAGACAGCAAGGGGGUUCUCUUUCUGAUGUGCGGCAUUUCCAGCCCAUUUGGGUGAAGGAGUUCGAGAGAGCCAGGCUGUGUUGGUGACAGAGUGGCAUGUGCUGUGUACCGCCUCCUUGCCUUUGCUGACUGAUAACCGUGGUGGUAUUCAUUUGCCUUUUCAUUGAAAACUGCCCUCCUCCUCUUUAAUCAUGGUCAUGUGUGGGUAUGAUGCAAGGUGAAAAGUGGAUAUUCAAGGACAGAAGUUCUCUAUUAUCGUUCUGCUGUGAGACUAACUUAGAAAAUAGGGCAGCUGUGGCAGAGGUUUCCUAUGAUCUUCCUAUGUUUGUUUGGCAAGUAUCGUGUUGUUCUGGUUAGUAGUGUAAAGCCUUCAGGGAGAAGUGUGUGACCCACCGUAUGUGUUUCAAAAGGGAAAUUUAUUUGUUGUUUUCCUGCUGCCCACAUUCCCGAGGAUUUGCAUUUCUCACCGGAGAUGUAGUGUGAUGUACACUGUCCUUAUGUGAUGGUCUCUCAAAAUCUGCAUCAAGUUUUACAUCAAAGAUCAAGACUUAAAAGGGCUUUAAAUGGUGAACUCUUCACUGCUGUAAUGAACAAACAAACAAACAAACUAAUUGCUUUCAAAAUCAAGGAAUGACCUUUCCCCAGCAGUUCUCAAGUAACAUUCUCCAACACAGGCAGUAUCAUGUAUUAGUGUCCUUGCCACAGUUCGGGUACUUCCCUUGGAGCACAAAACCAAUGCCAUUGCUGUUUAGAGGUUCCAACAGCACCUUUGAUAACAGUAUUCCCAUAAGGAAGCAUUACAAAGCAUGAGGUGUCAGCAGCAGAGCGUCUCUUAGACACGGCAUUGCUGAUACCAUCCAUGGAUUUUUGCAGUGUGUCAUUGCUGGGAAGGAUAAGCAACAGUCAUGUUGAACCUGUGGUAGGAGAGGAAACUGGGAACUGUUCUAUAGAGUCGGGCCUGGCCCUUUUCUGAUGGGAAGGGUGACCCUGAGCAGCAGAAAGACUUGAGUGGGGAAAGUGGAAAUCCCUGGGGAGACCAUGGGUUGUGUUAUAAGUGUUGGGUCUCCUGCCCACCCAGGGACGCCAGAUGUGGGGUUUCCAGCUCCGGACUGGGGUUACCCCGAAUGAUGGAAAAGUCUCUCCUCCAACCCGUGCCUUCAAAGAAAGACUCAGUAUUCCUCUGUUGUCUGGUCUCA